CUAGCCCCUCCCUCUCGCGUCUGUGCUGUCCGCGCCCGAGUCUUUUGUCCGCCCUUUUAUUUCGCCUCUAGUCCUCGACUCCCCCUCGUGUUCCGUCUGCAGCCUCCCGUCUCCGCCUCCGUCACUGACGUCAUCACCGCCGCCCUCAUUCUUCCAGUUACGUCACGGCCUCUUGUUCCCGGCGUUCGGCCAUCUUCCCCGGGACGCCCGCUGUCCCUUCCACGUCCCUUCCUCCCUUUUCCUCCCCCUCCCCUCCCCCCCUUCCCACAUGACUUUCUCUCCUUUCCGGGUAGACUUUUCAGCCCGGCCGCCCGCGCCUGUCGAAAAAGGCCCUAGCAACUUCCCCUUUCUGCCUGGGUCCCCGCCGCCCUCCGGGAAAGGACUCUCCCCGUUCCUCACCCUCGAGCUGCCUCUGGGGCCCAGGAAAGGUUACAGCGAUCCCCCUGCCCAUCCCGCCAGCACUUCCCCAAACCAGGGCAAAGGGUGCGUCAGCUCCACUCACCCUCCGGGUUCCCCCCAGUUCUCCAGAGACCCCUUCUCUGGCCUCACCUGCGGCCCUGGGAUUUCUUCUGACACGGGCCGGCCCGGCUCCCUGCCGGAACCGGUGCCCUCCCGGCCCCUACCGCCCCUCUCCCCACCCCCACAGCCUCCCCUACGCCUGGCGAGAUGUGCCUUUGAACCCUGUUUGCCCCUCCUCGGAAGGCAACCCUGCUGCGAGCCUGUCUACUGGGGGUCACCCCCUCCGAGUCCUUGUUUUGGCCGAUUCAGGCUCAGGGGGUCACCCCCUCUCCAUCCGCAGAGCCCCUAUUGCAGCCUGAUGAGCCCCCCGAGAAUACCGUGGCCCGGCCCCAGAAGCCCUUACACGGACCAGAGCCCCUACCUCUGUUACUCUGCGCAGUAUCCUGCAGCCCUGGUCACAUGCCCGGUGACUGGCCCCGUGAUUUCCCCUUACCUUGCUCACCGGCCCAUGGAAUACAGACCAGUAACUUACCCACCCGUUUCUCACGGGGUUUUGCACGUCUCGCGGAUCUCCCCUCUGUACCCUACCUGGUCUUCAGGGAGAAGUUACAACGAUUCUCCUUCUUCAGCAUCUUCCCCGCCCACUGGCCAGCUUUACCUGGGUCAUCUGAGGCCUCCAGACUCUCGUAAACCUCAACCCCAGCUUGACCCACCCCUGGAGAAAAAUUAUUGUGGCUCCCUGUUUUCCCAGGCAAAUGCGCCGGGCUGUCCUCGCUCCCCUCAAGAGGACUCCCAUCACUAUUCCCAUCUUCCCCCAGAGGCCCCCGUGUCUACCCCUGGGAGCCCCUAUUGUGGCGACCCUAUACCAGCCGGAAUGAUUGAUUCUUCUUGCUCACUCCAGUCCCAGGCUUCCAGGAAGGCUUGCUUAGAGUCCGUUUCCUCCUGGGAGACUAAUGGGAACUCGUACCUUGUUUCUGGCACCCCGAUUUCUGGUUCCCCCUGUUCCAAGGAGCCACCUCUUCCCCAGUCUGCGCAGUAUCCUAAUUCUGCCUUCUCUUUCCCUUCACCCCUGGGCAACCAGUUUAUAUCUCCACCGCAGUCACCUCCCCGUAGAAGCUAUAAUGAACCCUCUCUCCUUACCCCAGUGUAUCCCCAAGUGAAAUCCCCCAAAUCUCCAGAGUUAAAACAGCCAUGUGCUCCCUGCAGCCCUGACCAGUACACUCCUUCUGAUCAACCCAAGCCCCGUGAGGAUAGCGCCUCUCCUCCACUUCUCUCCCACCCUUGUGGUCUCUCUGAUCCUUCUUGUUCCAUCACAACUUGUUCAAAUUCCCGCCCCCAAACACUUCCCCAAGGGGCUAUCUUACCUACUCUGGUCCCUAGAACCCUGAAAACUGUUAAUCCCACAUCACUUCCCCCCCGCCUUCCUUGUGAUUCUAUCUUACCUAAUGUUUUUGCUCAGAGCUACCCCCAUGGACCACCUCUGGGAACCCCUUGCAAUGCCCAUAUAUAUUCUGUGGUUCCCUCCACCCCUAAUCCCUGCCCACUCUCUGGUUCCACGGGGCCCCCUCAGUGUCCUAACCAGCCCAUGGUGCCUCCUUGUGGCACUUACGGCACCCCUAGGGGCCCACCCCAACCCCCUCGACAGCCUCCAUGUUCUACCCACAUCUAUUCAUUUAUCCCUUUAAGAACACCUUUUGACCCCCAGAGUUUACCCAUUGCCCCCCGACCCUGCGGCCACCCUGAUACUACGCCCUGUGGCCUCCAUGUAUACUCUGUGGCUUCUCAAGGCUCUUGCAAAGAGCCCCCCCAGAUACCCUACAGCUCUCCAUUGCCUUCAUCCACGAGUUCCAGCUGUAGUAGCAAUAUUCCCAGCUGCAGUUCAACUGUUAUAAUUAAUAAAUGCCAGAGUAGUGACAACCAGAACAAGAAUACCCACCAAAGCAGAAGUCGAAGCCAGUGUGAGAAUCCCAACCAUCUUAGCAGAAGUCGGAGUAAAAGCAAGUGUCGCCAUCUUAGCAGAAAUCAAAGCCUGACCAAUCGCUCCAACCAAAGCUUAAAUGAGGAUCAGAGUGAGAAUCUUCAACUUGCUAUAUUUCAAAGACAGAGUGAGAGUCCCCAAUAUAGAAAAAGUCAAGGUCCAAACAUGAGUUCCCACCAUCUCAAAAGGCAGGGCAAGAGCCAAAACAAGAGUUCCCACCAUCUCAAAAGGCAGGGCAAGUGCAAAAGCUCUCAUCACAGCAGGAGCUGGAGCAAGAGUCCCCACUGUAAUAAGAAAUGAGAGCCAAGAGCAAGAGUUCUGACCAAACCAGAAAUCCAGGCCAAAGCAAAAUUCACAGACAGGAACAGGACUGCCAGCCAUAGUAACACUCAGCUGUGGCAAUCAGGACCAACUUAUGGACUCCUCAGUUGAUACCUUCAUUUUCCUUUUAAUCUAC